GGACAAGAAGAUAAAAAUUCUCUCUCUCUCACGCACUCCCUCUCUCUCUUACUCUCUCUCAUCCCGAAAGAAUCGAAACCCCUCUCUCUCUCUAGGGUUUCUGCGUCUUUCGCACUCAAAUUAUGCUGGCGUAGCUGGGAAUCGAAGCUCCAAGCUGAGCUGAGUGGGUUCUCCGUCGAAUGCGCUAUCUUCGGGUGUGGUUUUUUGGAGGAGCCGUUGAGAAUCGGUGAGGAAGUGGGAGAGAUCGUGUGUGGUGGUCCGCAGGUGAGUUCGGGUGGGCCUUCUUCUUCAGAUUUUUCUUUUUCGCCCUCGGUUUUCAACUCGGUGAUUGAUUCCGUGUUGAUCGGGGACCGGUUCUUGGAUGCUCUCGAGCGUGUUUUGAUUUGUUUUAGAUAUUAAGGUCGCUGUACUGUUUAUGGUCGGUGAACCCUAGGAAUUUUGCUUAGUUGAUUGUCCCGUGUCGUUUCAGCUCUUUGCAUGCGUUUCACAGGAAAAACUUUCUUUGUGCUUCUAGCUGUGGUUACUUGUACAGCGUGGAUGUGCAUGCAUAGCUGUGGAGAACUGUUUGUGAGGGGAUUUCAACACUGUCACUGAGUUCAUGGGAUCGUAUAUCCAGAUUGAUUCAAUCUCUAUAGACCUUGGCAAUUCUAUUGGUAAGAGAGAUCCAGGAAAAUGUGAACAUUUCUCAAUACGUGGAUAUGUGUCUGAAAUUCGCCAAAAAGACUGGAAAAUUGGUUGGCCAUUUCCUGUACAUGAAUCUGACAAGCAAUCAUCACUUCCGCCAUUGGAUGUUCCAAAAUACAGAUGUCGGUGUCAUCAAAACUCCUCACAAGAGAUUGCCACCAAGGACUUCCAGAAGGAUGACCAAAAAGAAUUUGAUUGUUGCAUUACCGGAUGCAAAUCUGGUACUAAUUGCAGUAAUGCAGCUGUCGCUGUCAAGUCUGGUAUUCAGCAAGAUCCAAUGCUUGACACUCUUGAGAGAAGAGAAAUUGAUCUUAAUACUAAUCUGAGCUGUGUCAAUGAUUACUUACCAAUUAGUGAUGAGAAAGAUAAGAAAUCUGGAGUUGUACUUAGCAGAAUGGACCUUGAAAUUGGCUUGGAGGAUAAUCUCAAUCACCAAGUAACUAGUAUUUCAUCUCCUAAAAAUUAUCCAGACCUUGCACCAGAAAUGCAUACAAGUAAAAGAGGAUGUGAAGGCAAUGAAAUUCCUUAUGUUGAGCUUGCUAGCAAUCUCAAAUACAUGGAUAAUAAGAGUUCUACUGAGAUGUGUAAUGGGGACACACCAGCAGAUAACCAAUGUCAGAAAAAUUUAACAAAAACUUGUACAAUUUUGGGGGAAGGAGCCACUGUAAUGGAGGUAGGCAAUAUAUAUGAUCGCACAACUGGACCUCCUCCUGAAUCAGUUGCUUGUUAUACUGCACCUGCAGGAAGUAUGGACAAUAUGGUUGAAAAUGAUUUUCAGGAUCAUCAUUUAGAGAAGUCCACUAGUUUGUCUCGUAGGAGACCUCGGAAGGUGCGCUUGAUGACUGACUUAUUAAGUGACAAUGGUGAAAUGAAGCCUGAACAAAUCUUCAUGCAAGAAUCUCCAUCCCAUGGUACUUCCAAUGUUUCUGCAACUUCUCAAGCACACUCAAUUUUAACAGGAAAAAUGGAUAUUCAAGGAGGAUUGACUUUGACAAGUACAGCUCUGAGUAGAAAAAGGAAGUUUCUUCUGGAUGAGGUACGGAGACCUGCAAGUAUGUGUCUUCAGAGGGUUGAAAAUGAAGUUCAGAACUUAGAGGGAGAUGCAAAAAUCACUGACACUGUUUUGGAUAAUAAAUCCACUUCCAAAGAUGUACCUGCAGGACUAAGAUUACAAGAUGCCUCAAAGGGCCACUGGAGUAAACCUGAAAUUCAAAGAAGCCAUAUUGUGAGUAAGAAGAAAAACAAAAAGAUUCAAGUUGUAGAGAAAUGCCUGAUUCCCAAGCCACCACAAGGAAAGCAAAGAGAAAAUAAGGACACCAUGGAUGCUGCAGAUAAGGCAUGUGUAUCUAAAAGUUUUUCUUCAAAAUUAGCUGCUCGUUCAUUCAUUGGGAAAGGGAUGGAUAAUUUUCCUAUCCACACCCUAAGAAUAGAAAAUGACUUCAAUUUGUCCAAAGAAAAGGGGAAAAUGCUGCAAACUGAUGGGGAACUGGAUUCUUUAUCCUGCCAAAAAAAUAGCAUGCUUGUACAAGAUUCCUUUGCAUAUUCAGGGGAAAAAAACAGGUCUGGUAUGCCUGUGAACGUUCCAAUUCCUUCAGCCCAGGGGAUGCUAAAUGGAAAAGGACUGGAAGAGGGACUGCACCUUUCUCUAAACAGUUAUUUGGCGGCACAUGUUUACAACAAAAAAUGUAUCCAUCAAAUUGAAAAUCAUCUACCUUUCUCUUUGCCUUUUCAAGAAGGAACUUCAAAAGUACCACAACUUAAUAGGAAAGACAGUGAUGCCAAUGUUUUUGAAGGGUCAAGCAUUACUUCCAAGCACCCAACAAAUACUCUUUCUGGAAAAGGAGUUCAUAGUGAAGAAAUUAACGGUGCAAGAAACACACAAAAAACUAUUGAAGCUGUGGUAGAUGAUAUACCCAUGGAAAUUGUGGAACUAUUGGCAAAGAAUCAGUACGAGAGGUGUCUUCCUGAUGCAGAAAAUAGAAGCUCCAUAUUGGAAAAGUCCACUAUGGGAAGGAAAUCACAGAUGAUAGGUGACUCUACUGUACACAGCAAAGGGGAGAUGAGCUUGUUAAAAGAGAGUCAGAAGGAGAAACCUCAGGGAAGACAUAAGAAAAACAGCAUGGUCAUGAGAGGAGAUAAUGUGAAGCCUGGCAAAAGAAAGCCAGUUCAUUACUUUUCUCCAUUUGAUGGAAACAGUUUGGGUAUGAAUAAUCUAUGUCCACCUCAAUCCCCCUUUGGAUUUGAAGUUCCCCAGUCCCAAAAGAAGUCAUCAAGUGGAUUCCAGUUUUCACCAAUGAGUUCUAGCCAGCUUGGUGGUUCUCGAAAUUGUAGGUUGAAUGGGAGUUUUGAAGAGCGGGGUUCCUCUAAUGCAACUUUGCAAACCCCAGGAGGAUGUAGCUUACACAAGAAUAUCUUACAACAGGAUGAUGAAGCUUCUCGCAUCUGGGCAUCCUUGACCCCAAACCAUGUUUCCCUAGGAUAUGAUUUACCCAAAAAGGUUGUUUCUCCACAUACUAGUAGUAACAUGGAUAUAACUUCACUCCGAACUGGUCCAUUUCAUAAGCAGAACAUGAAGCGGGAUAUUGAUCUUAACUACAUGAAUCUCAAUGCUGCGGGGCUAGAAAAACUUAGUAGGAAUACAGGUCCUGGAGCCUUCGGCAGGUUGAAUGGAGAAUACUCAUUUCCUUGCAAACAUAAUGGAAUGGAGCCUCAUCAAAAUUUGAGGGGAUCUCUUGAUUUGUAUUCUAAUGAUACAAUACCAGCCAUGCAUUUACUCAGCCUAAUGGAUGCUGGUAUGCAGUCACGUACACCCUAUGAUGUAGGUGUCAGUGCUCAAAUGCUUAAAAGGCCCUCUUAUCCUGGUGAUUGCAAUACUAAGUUGGAGAUUGGUACAUCCAAGGCCCACAGUGCCCUGAAAAGGCCAUCAUCUGAUUAUUACAGCAGAAGUUACUUAUCAGAUAAACCGCAUGGCUAUUUUAUUGGUUCUCCAUCCUUUGGUGCUUCUUCAUCAACUCAGCAUGAUAAGAAAUUUAUGAGAACCACUGGUUUCAAUGGCCAAAAUUCAACAAAGUCUGGAAGGAAAGAAAAGAUGAAGAGCUCCAACUCUACACUGCAGAAUAGAGUCAGUAAGCAGUUAAGCUGGCCUCGUCUUGAAACAGAAACGUCACUGCAACGCAACUUAGAUGUUAAUGGUACUCAUGAAACCUCAAUGCCAUUAAAAAUCAUUUCUGGAAACUCAUGUAUGGUGAACAGAAAUCCCGCCGAUUUCACCAUACCAGAAACAGGGAAUAUCUAUAUGAUCAGAGGAGAAGAUCUGAAAUUUGAGAAGAGUACUCUUAAAAAUAGGCCUCGUAUUGCUAUUCCGUAUGGAUACAAACAACAGAGGAAUUUGAAGGGAACUAAAAUGAAAGAACAUUCAAAGCAUUGACACCCUUCAUUAUUCCACAGUCUGCAGGUGGACUUCUUCACAUGCGACCUGAGAAUAGCAAAUGACUCUUAUUCUCAGCCUAGAAGCAGAUUUUCGACUUGGAAACUGAAAUUCUUUGACUCGGGGAGGGUUGCUCAGAUGCCAUACCAAAAGCUGAGUGAUUCAUAAAUCAGAAAUAGAAGGCCAUCAUGCAUCUAUUUAAUUAACCAGUUGUAAUUAGUAUUAAUGUGAGCAAACAAUAUGUUCUUUGUCUCCUAUGUUUUGUGUCGUAAAAUUUAAAUGGGGAAGCAUCGCGAUAUCCCCUUAGUUUUAAAGUAUCAGUUUGGUGUCAUAAACGGGGAAGCCUCAAAAUUGCCCCGUAUAGACUUAUAAUACUGUGGUUACAAUUCAUACAAGUGCCAAAACCAAGGUAAAAAAAUAUAGUUUGUUGCUAAUAUGUGAGUUCCUUCCUACAAAACCAAAAAGUAUAAUUUAGAGAUUGACAUUUUAUAUUCCUUGCUUGUCUCCCUUCCUAUCUCUUUCUGUCAAUACUUAUGAAGUUCAUACGCUGUCAUUGUAGUAGGAUUCAUUACACGUUCAUCAAAAGCAUCUAUUCUGCAGUAAUGUCAAGUGAUGAUUAGAAGGGGCAGAAAAAAAAUUAGUCAUUUU